AUGGGCUUCGCCUCGGGAUUUACCGGUGGUGUCGCCCUGACUCUAUCCGUCGCCUACCUUUCUGUCCUCGCUCACCAACGCAACCGUGAGCAGCAGGGCGCCUCUCUCCGCGCACAAGCUAUCGCCAUCCACGGACUCAUCGAUCCCCUCCCCGCACCUCUACCACCUACUCGAUCCGAAGUUGCCGCAGCUCAGAGGUUGUCCUCCAUCGAGGUGGCUAAGGAUCGAUGGAACUACGAAGUAGAAAACGCCGUACGCUGGGUACAGAGGUCCGACUGGAGCGAGAUCCGGGAAGGCGUUGAGGACGGCAUUUCCAACCUAUGGGCGAACACACUCGGCGAGGCUCCCGCAGAAGGAGCCGAGAAGGUCAAUGCGAAGGCCGUGGAAGCCCGCGAAGGCGUCGCAGCAGUAGCGCAGAACGCAUAUACCAAAGCGACCGCGCAGGCACGAAGCGUUGAGCAGGCUGCCGAGGACAAGAUUCUCGAGGCUAGACUGAGGGCUACCCGCCAGGCUGUAAAGGUGGAGAGUGCUGUGAAGGAGAAAGCCUCCGAGGCAAAGGGUGUUUUGGCGUCGGCGAUUGAGGCUGGCAAGGAGACGGCUAACGCUCUCCUUGGACGUGUUGAGGCCGAAUCCGAGGCCAGCCCGGUAGCGAAGGCCCUAGAGCAACGCUAUGCACAACCCGAGGCCAAGGUGAACAAGACGGUCGCGGACGUACUGAGGGAGAGAUAUACGCCCUUUGACGAGCGAGACAACUCCCUCCUUCGCGGUCUAUAG